UCGAUCCGCAAGGCUUGUUAUUCCCAGUGGCUUGAUUUGAAUUGGAAGAGGAGGAAAUGCAAAGAGCAAACCUCAGAGGAGCUCAAGUUGCUUGGAAUUACCUCAAACAGUCUGUGAUCUCUUAGGGUUUGUUUAAAGAAACUUCUAUGCCUUUUUUCUUUCUGUCUGUCUUUAAAUAAUGAAAAAGAGAGAGGGGUUUUCCAUUCUUCAUUGGAGAGUUUGACCAUUUUAUGAAAUAAACCAUUAUUGUUUUAUUAGGAGUCAGUUGGUGUGUUAGAGUUCGCAGAUCAAUCAAAAUCACUUUUACCAGCUUGUUAAUUUCUUUGUCCUGAUCAGCACAUAGAAAAGCCCAGUCGGGUGCCUUUCACUAGGAUUUGCAUGCAUUGUCAUGGAAGUUUAGACAAGUCACUUGCAUUUGCCUGUUAAUCAAAAAUUGACUGCUUUAACUCGAACCCGGAAGCUUCCUGAUUUUCUACCACAGUGCCUAGCUCACUUUGGUAUCGAUCCUUAGGUGAUCACAAAGAUGUGACUAACAGACACCCUGAAGUAGAGCGAUCCACAGGCAGUAGGUUCAUUAAAGGCUCUUCUCUGUCAUUUGAAUCUAAUGGCCAUUCACGCUUUCUCAUGCACUGAAGGAAUAAUGGAGUCACAUUGUGCUUCUCUGACGGCUAGUCUCUUUCAAGAUUGUCUUCAAAAUGGCACUGUGUCUUGGCCCUCUCCCCUUUUCACAAGUUUGAGACCAGACUUUCAUAACUGCCAUGUCUAAAAUGCUUAGAGAAAUCGGGGGUGGGGGCAGGGGUGACACUCAGACCUGGCAACCAGCAUAGCCCUAAGGUCGACCGUUGCUCAAACUUUAUAUCAUUAAAAGUUCAAACUCCCACCCCCUCCAACGACCUAGAAAAAAAAACCUUAGUGUUGCAUGAGGUUCUCGGGGAGUUGGGGGAUCCCCUGUAAUCUGAGCCAAUUAAAACCCUCUUCUUUUUAUUCCUGGCAGAAAUUCUAUAAUAGACAUAUAUUUACUACCAAGGCAUGAGGCAGCCACUCAUCCAUACCAAAGCAGCAUGCCAGGUGCCCGGAUAGGAAAUUGCUUCUUAAAACAGAGUACCAGAGGGACUUGCAUAUUAAAUUCCAGAGAGAAAUUGAAUCUGAGACUCUGCGCAAACCAGGCAGAGUCACCUCGCUCUAAUCGGGUGGUUUAAAAUGUGGCUAAUGAAUCACAGCAUGAAGAGACACAGUUUGAAACUAGGUCAAACGUGUAAAAAUAAGUGCAAUCAUCGAAGACAUUUGGCUGAUGAGGGGCUACUUAAUGCUAGAGUGGAGGGGCACAUUUGCCGCAUAGGACCCUCUUCAGCUACCUGAGACAAUCAAUUCUUUUCAUUAAUCCAGCUCAUCACUACACUCAGAGGUCUCACACAUCUGGGGGAGAGAACUGAAGCUCUGAGACAAGGAAAAUCAGUCAGGAUCUCUUUACUAUGUGCUGACAAGAAACCAAGAGGAAACCGAUAGAGUGUGACCAACACAGCAGAUGACUUGAGCUCUGGCACUUCCUCAUUGCUCAGAAAGGCUGUCUGGUCUCCAGCGCUGAUCCCAUUGAUGCAGUGACCAUAGUUCUCAGCUGAACACCUCCAAAUAAAGGCUACAGAUGUGGCUCACUCCCCAUAUGUGGAUUUCAGCCAAGACUGAAACACAGAGCCCAGCCUUCUGAGUCUCCCCCAUGCCUCCGUUCUGUCCUUUUCAUCCCUUUCUGGCUUUGGUGAGGCUAUGUGAGGAGUUGAGUUUCCCUCACUGAAACACAGAGAAGCAGCACAGAAGAAAAUAAUGGCCCCAACGGAGAAAUUUCUGAUUGACAUCAGUGGAGAAGUUCCCUUAGGAACAUCAUGUACCAUCAAAGCAGGAGAGCCCCAGGUCAACUCUUACUCUGCCUAUUUCCGUGCUACUACAAGAAGAUGUAUUUAAGGUUCCCAUAGCCUUGCACUGCGAAUCAAUGCUCUGGGGAAAGCAGCCAUAUGGUCUAGAGAUAGCAGGUUCCUCUUGGAGUUCACACAUUCUGAGUGUGGCAGUAUCCACCAAAUGGUACAUUUAUUGUCUUUUUGCGCAAGGCAGAGAACUUCUAGGAUCAGAACUGCUCCUUGGAAUCCACUGAUGGAUGAGCCCAUCGGUUCUCUUGGUAGGUCAGAUGUUUCAUAAUUAGCCUAACUCACUGAUGAUCUGUUCAGCGGUUAGGACUACAGUGGCAUAAUAUUUCAACUGCGGGGGAAGCACUCCAGACAGCUCCUGAGUAGACCAGUCAGGCUGGGAAUGGCCGACAGGGCUUCCUGUAUUAAGAAGAGAGAACUACUACAUCGUGCUUGGCCAGCCUCCUUGUCUCCAUCAUUAGACACUGCUCUAAAGACCUAAGGGAGAUGUGCCCAGGACAAGUGUGUGGUUCUUUUUCUCAGUGAGGCUCCAUGGCCCAGCAAAGUAUGAAAGUGAGGCCCGUGCUCCUAAAGCGAAGCAGCCUUGAGUCUGUGGAGCUUGUGAAACAACCGCACCACCGCCGGAGCAAAUCGCAGCAAGUGCGCUUCAAGGAAGAUGGCAACAAUAAGAAUCCAACUGGCGUGACGGAGGUCCACACCCAAACCCCGGAAGACCCAGGUGGAAUGGGGAAGACGCCAGUCUCCAGGCACCACCAUCCUGCCGCCUACUCGCUCUCUUUUCCCAGGUCCCACAAGGCAGGGGGCUUCCGCAGCAUCUCUAUCCAGACCUCCCCCAGUCUCAGGAAGCAUUUCCCAGUUUUCAAAAGGAAGAAACUCACGACUAGCAAGUCCCUGGCGGAAAUGCCAACAGCGUCCCCAAGUGCCAUCCAGGUCAACGGCAACCUAUCUGAACAGGAUAUUGUGUCCUCUGACCUUGCCUUCCUGAGGCUGGCUCAGCAUCUUGAGGAUGGUCCUCGAAGGCUCAAAAUCCCCCAUCCAUUUCUCCCCAGGAUGCCCAAGGUGCAAAGCAAUGGGCCUGUCAGCUUCUGCUUAGAAUCUGGGCCUUGGAUGUCCUCAGAGAAAGCGACAGCUGCCAUUCAGGUUCCAGAUGAUAUUUGUCACAGUCCAUCCUGGGAAGCUAGAGAGUCUGCUUUCAGCCCAGAAAGCUCAGCUGAAGAGAGCAACCCCAUACCUGCACUGAUCUCUACGUGUCCAGGGGAUGGGCAAAGAGCAAUGACGUCAGAUCUGGAGAGAGUGCCCCCCUGCUCAAAUACCAAUAGCAGUGCCAACAAUAUCCUAGGCACAGAAAAACUCACACCCGAAUUGCUUUUGCCCAAAGACAACCCUGAUGACAAAGACAUUGGCCUUCCAUUAUCUCAGUCAAAGAAGAUGUGUGUUCCCUCACCACCACGGACUCACAGCUCGCCCGAGCCAGGCUCCCAUAGCCAGCCAGUCCACCUAGGAAGAGCUUCUGAUUGCUCAGCAUCGAGCGACAAUCACCAGGACCUGGAGUCACUCAAAAGUAGCAGCGCAUCCAAAUCUGUCCCUGUGUGCUGGGAACAUGUGACAAAGCUCCCCAGCCAGUCAGACACCCCAGAGCUUCAGACCAGUGUUGGAAGGGAGCGCCUACUUUCAUCAGUUCCAAGGCAGGAGGACAGAGCUCAGAGCAGCAGGGAGGUAGGUGCAAGAAAUCACAGUCACCUGGUACAGGGAGAGCUCUGUGAUCUCCAAGGCCGGCUGCAAUCGGUAGAGGAAUCGCUGCACUCAAACCAAGAGAAAAUUAAAGUCCUAUUGAAUGUGAUUCAAGAUCUGGAGAAAGCUCGCGCUCUCACUGAAGGACGGAACUUUUAUCGGACUGGCCAAGAUCUGAACAACUGCAGUACCUGCCAGAACACAGCGUGCAUCAUAUACAGUGUAGAGUACGAUUUCCGGCAGCAGGAAGGCAGGUUCCAUGAGGUUCUCCAGAGCCUGGAGGAGGCGGAACCAGUUGAGGAAGCACCUUCGCCACCCAAAUCUCCGGCAGAAGCCCCAGUCCCCGAGAAACAGGACUUACGGAGGAAGAGCAAGAAGGUGAAAAAGAAGUGCUUCUGGUGGAUAUGAGAAGAUUGGGGCUCCCUGCAUCCCUUCCUGAGAAGGGGGGGUCGCCUCAAGGCCUCCCCGAUCCUCUGCAAAAGUGCAGGCUGAGAUCCUCUUGACCUGUGAGACAGGAGUGCCUCAGAGCUGGUAUACCACUGGACACCUGGUCACCAACCUUACCUUAGUGUGCGCCAAGGCUUGCAGAGGAUUUUGUGGACACUUGCGUGGCCAAUUGUUGCCGAGAGCUCCCUGUCCCUCACAGCUGGGCUUCACCCUCAUCCGCUAAGCUCAGAUUCCCACCAUUAGCUAAUGCUCAGUGCACUCCCCCCACUUCCCUGGCAGCAGGCAUUUCCUCCCUACCCUGAGGUACCCCAAAGGUACAGAAAUAAGUCUGUGUUGUGCACUGCAAGAAGAGGAGCAUUGUGAGCAAGCAUCCUAGAAAAUAUCACACAAUAAGCUGGCAGGGUUCUAGGAUUUACUAUACAAAAGCACAACAGAAGUGAGUAGAGCCUAACAAUGCCCUGAAUGUAUUAAGUUGUCCUCUUUUUUUCAACUAGCUGUUAGAUUUCAAAGCGAAUGGCUGUGUUCUUGUAAAGUAUGGGGUGUGGCAGAGUAAGGUUGCCCAUGGGUAUUAGGCACUUAUUGUGUUAUCUGUGUGACUGGAACUCAGGUGACUUUCAUAGCUGUCACUUAAUUAUCAUAUGUCUCUGUAUGCCCGGUGGGGGGUAAUUGAGGGGGCUUUAAUGUUAGGGUCAUUUACCUGUUAGCGUUCAUUUUACCUGUAACAUUAAGGGUCUUAAGACUUAGCAACUUGUAUGUCAGUAUAUCUUAUCAAGUGACGUUAACAAGGCUUAACUACAAUAUAGCAUUUUUUCCUCAUCCACCCAUCCUUGUGACAACCAUGUAGAUAGGCCCAAACAUGUUACUCUACAGUUACCCUUCCAGGUGACCAGGUUGCUGUCACCUGAUCUAGGAAGAAACAGGACUGAGAAUGAGAAUGGAAGCUCCCUCUUCCACAAAGAUUUGAGCUCCUUAAGAUCUAGCUCGUUCCAUUGACAAGACCUCCACUCAUGGAUGUCCGGUCAAGCUUGCACACCAAGCCAACUCCUAAAGCAGUGUGAUUAAGUAAUUGCUACCUAGUCAGGCUGAAUAGGAGGCAAGGCUUGGAGACCUCUGCAUUAAGUUCAAUGUUCCUUCAGCCUGUGAUUGGACUGACAACUGCCAGAAAUGUGAGCCACACCUAAGCGAAGAAAGCAUUUGAUAACCGCCCCCUUGCCAAGGACCCGGUGUCUGAGUGAGUCUCUGCUGGACACGUGGGGUGUGUGUACCUCACUGCCAACUGAGGCUAAUUGAACAAACCACUCCAACAAUUUCACCUCCCUUGUCACAGUGCUGCGGUGCAAAAGCUAUUUCAGGGAGAGUGAGGGAAACUUGGCAAGGAAUCUGGGCUUGCACUAUUUAAGUCUUGGGAUGUCAUUUGAGAUGUUCUCUCUGUUUCUAGUGCAAUGUUUAAACCCACAACGUGAGACCAGAAUAUAGAAUGUCAAGUUAGAAUUAAGAUAAAUAUACUUGUCAUGCUUAAGAAACCACAUUUCAAUUAGAUAUGUUACCACUGGCCAAAAGCCACAGAUCUUUCUUUCUGUAUCCACACACUCAACUCUCAGUUGGCCCCAGCAAUGGAAAAAAACAGUAGUACAUAGGAUAAUCCAAUAAGCAAACUCAUUUGGGAUCUCUUAUAUAAUUUUAUCUUGCAGUGGGGCUUCCAUCUUAAUUUGUUUUGCUUACACUAAUUUCAAAUGAAUUUAUAUUCCAGAAUAUCAGGAUGGAAUGAAAAUAUUCUUGCACUUAGACCUCAGAGACCCAGGAAAUAGAAUAGCCUAAUCCACUAACCUGGAGAAAAUGGUAUAAUUGUGUGCUUUCUUGACUGGGCUGAAGAAUGACUACACCCCCUGAUUUCUAAGCUCUGUAUACCUCCUAACAGUGGGGGAGCGCAGCUGUGAGAGCUAACUGCAGCCUUUGUACUGGUUAGCCUGGAGAAACGAGGAGAUGUCUGGGGUGGCUCUUAUCUUCACCUGUAUAUGGCAAGUUAGGGGCCUUGUAUAAACUCAGAACUGAAUGAGAUGAAGAUAGGACUGAAAAAUGUUAACAUUCCCUGAGAGAAAAAUCAACCAAGGUCAUGUGAUUUUAUACCAAAGCACAACACCACAUCGCAUUGCUUAGGCCACACCAAUCUAUACCUGGAGAGAAGGUUCCUUCUGGUAAUUGAAUCCUGAACAUCAGUAUGGGGGGAAAAGGAUUGAUAAACACCAGCCUGCUGAACAGAAAGGGUCAUCACUACAUUAAAUAAAAAAACAUACUCAUAUAUACCAAAACUCUAUAAUCUGUUACUCGUGUUGAGUAGCAAUGCUUCUUUGUAAAAUAGUAUGUAAUAUGAUAUUCUACAGAAAUGCUAUACUUGAGGUUAUAUGGUUUUAUGGAAAGAGAUUCAUUUAGCAAAAAUUACUUUUAUGAAAUGGAAGGAGAAAGGACUGAUGGGCCUGUUUAAAUUGCAGGGGUUUAAUGUAGCUGCUCCCUCUAUAUAAAACACUCAGCAUCCCUGGAACUUAAUGCCAGCUCAUCUGUAGAGCGCCUUCUUGAAGACAAUGUAUCACUGUAAGGUUUUGUAAAUUUCUAAACUGUUUUAAAUGGGAUAUUAUCUUUUGCAAUAAACUUAAGUAUUUUUCCUA